ACUAGUUGAUCUCGUACUUCACUGUGAGAAAAUACAAAACAAAUGCACCAUGUUUAUAAGGUAUUGGACAUUUUUGCGUAUGACUAAACAGGCCCGGUAUGCUUUUUCAGCAGUUGGACAUAAUAAGGGAUUAAUGGGAUACAGUCUAUCCCAGAAUAUUAGGAAUACGAGACUAAUAUCACAGCCUCAUGGAGCGACCUGUACAUGUACUCAACGUAGAGGUUCAAUUUGGAGACCUUCACUGAGCCAACAACCACUUUCUUUUUCUAACCAUUACACCGACUCAACAACAAUCCAUGAUACUCGUUUGACCGAAGGAACUCAAAAGAGUGAAGAAAUCCAAAGCGUCACUGAAAAACCUUCUCCUCAGAAAGUUUUGUCCAGACACAAAUGUUACCAGUUAGAUAGUGAUGGUUACAUGAAGGUUGAUGACCUAGUGGACUUUCUACAGUUCGAAGGAGCUAUGGAUAUCUGUGUGAUAAAGACCUCAGGUGCAAGGUCGGUUUAUGUGGACUACUUUGUUGUCGUGAGUGGUAUGUCUCCUCGUCAUCUGAGAGCAAUGUCAAAAAACCUGGAACAACUGUUUAGAGGAUAUGAGACGAGAGGUGUUGGUAAACAUGGUCAUGUGACUGUGGAAGGACUUGAUAGCAAUUACUGGUUGGUUGUGGAUAUUGGUAACAUGGUGGUACAUUUCUUUUUGCCUGAAGCAAGGGAACUUUAUGAACUAGAAAAACUAUGGGUACUAGGCCCCAGAUUCGAUGACCAGUACAAAGCCAUGAUGGAGCAUGAUGAAUUCCUGCAGACUGUAUACCUUGGUGAUAAAUCAAAGGUUGAAGAGGAUGUCAAACCAGAUGAGAGUUAGUUAACAGUAGUUCCCAAUAUAAUGUACUAUGCAGUAUGAACACAAAACAACAAAGUGUUUAUUUUAAUAUAAAUAAUUUGUAUCUUCCCAUUAUUUUUUUUAUACAAAAUAUGCUCAUUCUAGCAUGCUUCAGACUAUGGUAUCUUGCCAUGCACGCCAUUAUGUUAAAGGCAUGCCAUUUUGAUAAAAAACUGGGUUUACGUAAAUAAAACUUUGUAUUCACAGGAUAGAGUAUUUUUUGGUGAAUAAUGGAUGCACAAAAGGGCAAGAAAAUAAUAACAUGAUUUAAAACAGUUAGGCCAAGUUAUUAUCCAUGAGCAGUAUUCAAUGCCAAUGCAUGUAAAUGAAUCAAGUUGAUUGUUUCAUCUUCAUUUUCAUGCAUUUGCAUUGAAUAUGGCUCAUGGAUAAUAUGACGUUUGAAUAUAGCCUUAGCAUAGCAAUAUUUCAAAGUAUAAUAGGGGAGUUGCACUAAGAGAUCAUGUGACCUUUUUGGGUGGCAAAUUCAAAACAAAAUGAUCAAACAAAAAAAUCAGAAAUGACUGCGCCCAUCAAACCAGAGAAAUACAAAGAAAUAAAAUCUUUAAAUGAAACUAAACCCUUUCUGAAAACAAGGAGCUUUUUUUGUAAUCGCUGAAUAAGUUGCUUUUUGUUGCAGUUAUUUUGCCGCUUAAGGCUGGGCGCAUGCUAGUUUGCCACCCAAACAGUCACAUGGCUCUCUUAGCACAAGUCCCCUAGUAUGCUAUAGCAAAGAGCAAUUGAAAACUCUAUUAAUUAUUCAAUAGCGAUUUCACCAAUUGGGUUAGUAGAUUUGGUUAAGAAAAUCUACAGUAUCCCAUCAGAAGGGGGAGGGAGUUGAAGCUCACUCUCAUGGGAAAGGGAGAUUGAAUAGUCUACUUCACCCAGAGAGAGCCCUGCAACAUAGACCAGAAAUACACCAUAAAAAUAGUUCUGGUUGAACAAGUAAUAAUUAGAUGAAAAAUAAUUAUAAAAAAUACUGGAAUGCUUUUUUACAGUUGGAGAAAUAAAGAAAAUCCUCCCCAAAA